AUUAUCUCCUGCAUCAAUCAAUAAUCCCUUCCAGACUAGAAUCUCACGCUUUCCAGCAGCAUCAAUUCAGCCACCAGCCACCAGCCACCAGCUACCAGCUUCCAGUUCUUAGCUCCCAAUGAUCUUCUCUGUCCUGUCGAUUCUCUAACAUAGGCUUGCAUCCAAUUGCACACCAUAAUUCCUUUGCAUCAGCUUUACUUUUUGUCGGCAAUGUCUUUAGCAGAAACAAUCUGGGAUUCAGAAAAAAUAGGGUCUUACGGGUAAUCCUGUGACGAGAUAUUGUUCAAAAUACUCAGGCGUACAUAUAUAGUUUGUUUUCUUGGCUCUCCGAUACAUUUUGUCAAAGGUGGGCCAUUGGUUGUUCUUUCAGAUAUUCUAUUGAGUCUCCGCCGAUUUCUGGAUUGGUCUCAGGAUGAUGGCCUCGCAAAAGACCGUCAUUCGCCGGGUGGGUGGUCUGCUACCCCCGCUCAACUUUCUUACUCUCCAUUACGCAUACUUUAUUCUCAUAGCUUUGUUAUGGAGUGUCAUAUUCUGGGCCUCGUCUGAACCAGCUCGCAGUGUCACUUACACAGACUCGCUAUUUUUGUGUGUCAGUGCGAUGACGGGGGCUGGUUUAAAUACUGUCAAUAUAUCUGUACUGAACACGUUCCAGCAAUCUGUUCUGUUUGGCUUAAUAUUGCUUGGUCACCCUAUUUUGAUAUCAAGCACCGUUCUUUUCGUGCGCAAGCGAGCCUUUGAAACGAAGUUCCGUGGCAUCGCCGAAGAACAUGCGCGGAGGAUUUCCUCCAUUCAAAAAGCCAUUCACCUGCCUCUUAUUGGGAAGAAGAAACACAAAGCGGCUGGUGUCGAUGUUCACCCCGAUAGACAAAAUGUACAAGUACAUCAAGGCGUCCGUAAUCCAGAGGAGACAGCAGAUCCUCAAAUCAGUGCAGAAAAUAGGAGUGUGGCCUCCGAAAUCGCAUCCCAAGAUAUCGAUGCCAUCCGGUGGGUUGACGAUGAUCAAAUCACCAUCAGUCCAUCUGUUCGGGAAAGAAAUAGGCAUCGGAUCUUUCCUAUGGCAGGAGUAGGCGCACGACCUGACGCAAAGUAUCCUAGAGAUGCUGUCCUAAACCUGGUACUUGAUGAUGUGCGACGCCCAUCAAUCAUCGGGGAUGCUAUAAGGGGUACUCGAAAAUACUUUUUGUCCCGGGGAUUCAUAUCUCGCAAUUCGCAAUUCUACGGUCUCACCCCGGCUGAACGUGACAGGUUAGGUGGUGUGGAAUAUAAAGCCAUAUCAUUUCUGUCCAUCGUUGUUCCUCUGUAUUUUGUGCUAUUCAACAUCUUUGGUCUCGUGGGAAUCGGCGCUUGGAUUGCUGUCAACAAGCCCGAUGUUGCCCGUGUAAAUGGGUUGGACCCUUUCUGGACUGGAGCUUUUUUCGCCGUUUCCGCCUUUGGAAACAAUGGAAUGUCUCUGUUAGAUGUUAAUAUGACUGCUUUGCAGACUAGCGUCUACGUGCUUCUCACAAUGGCAUUCCUGAUCCUCGCAGGCAAUACGCUGUACCCUUGUUUCCUGCGUCUAAAUAUUUGGGCAAUUAGACGUAUACUUCCUCGAACAAGGUGGUUUGAUGACUGGAGAAACGUGCUCGACUUUAUUCUUGACCACCCUAGAAGGGUAUAUACACAUCUGUUUCCCAGACGUCACACUUGGUACCUGUUAUGUACAGUCAUCCUCCUAAAUGGAAUCGACUGGGCGGGUUUUGAGUUGCUAUCAAUCGGAAACAACGACAUUCAAAGCUUGGGCCCCUAUCGCAUUAUAGAUGGUCUCUUCCAGGCCUUUGCCGUGCGCUCAGGAGGAUUUUAUGUCGUAACUAUCGCCGAUUUGCACCAAGGCCUGCUCGUCCUCUACGUACUAAUGAUGUACGUCUCAGCAUUUCCUGUGCUUCUCACUAUACGAAAUACAAAUGUCUACGAAGAACGCUCCUUGGGUAUUUAUGCAACCGAUAACCUCGCCGAAGACCAACGACACCAUGCUUCCUUGGGCAAUGUGUACAGCCAUAUAAAGAGCUUCAUCUCAUCAUUCAAUACACGCGAAAGAUAUGAAGGACAGAGAGAUAACUAUGCUGACGAAAAUGAUACCUCGCGUAGCUAUUUUAUUCGCCAGCAGCUACGAUCCCAACUCAGUCACGACAUCUGGUGGAUAUGCCUUGCAGUGCUCUUUAUCACGAUUGCAGAAGGACCGUCGUAUAGCCAGGACCCAGUCACUUUCUCUACGUUCAAUAUUAUUUUCGAGGUCGUUUCGGCUUACGGAUGCGUGGGUAUUACAGUUGGCUUGCCGGACCAGAACUACUCGUUUUCGGGUGCCUGGCAUGUCAUUAGCAAGCUCAUCCUCGUGGCAGUUAUGCUGCGUGGACGGCAUCGCGGGUUGCCGGUUGCUAUUGACAAGGCCGUUAUGCUGCCGGAUGAGUCUCUGGCUUGGGCUGAGGAGGAAGAUGCGGCGACGCGAUUGGAGCGAUCAAGGACUUUCAAUUUGGUACAUGAUAGUAAGAAGAAUGUGGAUAUGGUUUAGUCAGUAGCGGUGUGGUGGUAAGACUACAAUAUACCCAAAAAAAAACACUGCUUCAACUUUAUAUUUCACCGUUUGUCGAAAUUGCUCUUUAACAGUUUAUCUAUAUUAUGGUUCUUUCUUAGAUAUUUAUAUGCAAAUCAAAAUUGUCUUUUAGCUACAUUUAUACAAGCAAC